AUAAACACGUUUCACACACAUGAAGCCAUUCAUAGAUCACUCCUAAAAAUUCUUCUGCUUGGUUUGCUCCUCUGAUGCUGUGACAAGGCCACUUCUCCAGAAUUGCAAACCAUUCAAUGGAGAAUAUGCUGGUGACUGGUGUUUACACCCUGGCACACACAAAGCUCUGUAUCUGUGAGGUCACAGCGAUAUGAUGAAAUGAAACAAACAUCAAGAUUAACAAAUAUGUUUGUUGAAAUAUAAGAGAGGCUGAAAAGAACACAUAAAAGUACGGAGUGAAGGAGUGCCCUUGCUUUCCAGACUUCCUUUGUUUGACAUUGUGUUGCCUUGUGUGGAUUUAUACCUGAAUAUUUGCACUCAAUUUUAGUUGGUGUGUGUGUCUUUGGUUAAAUGCAUGUAGGUACAACAACAGUCUUCACAUGUUAAGGCCUGCAUCAGCAUUGAGCACAUCUUCAUAGUCUUCAUAGCUGCUUUUGAUAUCCCAGGAUAGGGAUAUCAGAUCAUUUGCACAGAUAAUAACUUGUUUGCACGCAUGAUAAAUGGUGUUGGUGGUGGUUGUGCAAGAGGUCGUUGGUUAUGAGGAAAAUUAGGAGUGGGUAUUCAAACUAGUGUGCAAAUCACUUCUACCUACUCCCGGAUAUCAACAGCAACUUUCUGCCUAUGCAAAUAAGAAACCUGUUUAUAAAAAUAAGAAAAGAAAAAAAAAACCCUUCUCGGGGUGUGCCACUUGGCUUCACUCUCUGGUAUCUGCAUUACUUUCAACACCUUCUGUGACAUAUCUAACUCCACACAUCUAAACUCAAGUUGCUAGAAUGAUUUUUUUAAUUUCUUCGAAUCAACAUGAAUUAACAGAUUUAUCUGAGUAAUGACACAGUGUUUAAGAUCUGCAGUUCUGUUGCGUUUGAUUGGUUUCAUUUUUGAGUUUAAACUGGAAAUAUUAUACUAUUUAUAGACACUAAAUAAAUUAGACUGUAGAAAGUAACACAAAAUAUGUCACCAUGUGAACUGUGUCAGUGGUGGGAGGGGACUAUUCAUACAUAGUGCAAAAUACACAGAAGAAACAGACUUCAGUUCAGUAGAAGAGACCGCAUCAAAUACCAUGGAGACAUCUGGAUUUGUCCAGGACAAACUAACUGAAUGGGGAUUCAGUGAGUUCAUGCAGAGAUUUAAAGAUGAAGGCAUUGACAAGGAGACGUUUCUAAACCUUGGAGAUUCCAUCCAACUCAAUUUACUGUUUCCUAGAAUUGGACCAAGAGUAAAGUUUAGAAAGAGACUCAAAGAAUACUUACAGAUGGAGACGUGUCAUUUUGUCCAGGAAAAAUUAACUGAAUGGCAUCUCCGUGAGCUGAUUCACAGAUUUGAAGAUGAGGGUGUUGACAAAGAGGCUUUCCUAAGUCUCAAGUCAAGCAGAAUCAAUACUUUGAUUCCUAAAAUUGGACCAAGAGUAAAGUUUAAAAGGAGACUCAGAGAAUACUUACAGGACUUGAAUAGAACAAAUGAUGAUUCUGCUGACAUGAUGGAAACAAGCGCAGAGCAAGAGGACAGUCCAGAAAUGGAGCCAAACAUUUUUCCUCAGCAUUUGGAAUCUGUUUCAGCGUCUGACACACCAGAUGGCAAAGACACGAGUAACGAGCCAAUUUGCUCCAGGGCAACAGUGACUGAAGGACAAAGUCCAACCAGAUUUACAAUGUUUUACUGUCAAGAGUGUAAAAACUUCAUGGGAAACAAUCCUGAUUCUUGUUGUUCUCACUGUGCCUCAGUGUUUAACAAAGCAAGCAGCAUUCAAAAUGGAAACUUCUUUCUGUACUCAUCCCUGAAAGACCUCCUGAAAGGUAUCCUUGAGAACCACAGCACUGAGUUGUUACCUAAAACAGUUAAAGAUGAACAUGAUAACAUCAAAGAUGUGAUGGAUGGGAUGAUGUACCAGAAUCUCCUCAGAGAGGGUAAACUAGCUGCAGAUGAUCUGACACUGACAUGGAAUUUUGAUGAAGUACCAAUUUUUACCUCCAGAUACUCAAUUUGGCCCCUUCAGUUUGUUAUUAAUGAACUUCCUUACACACAAAGACAGGAAAAAAUGAUAGUUGCUGGAUUUUGGUUUGGCCAAGGAAAACCUCAUAUGAACACAUUUCUGAAACCAUUUGUGGAUGAAUGUUGUGAUUUAGCCCAAAAUCCAUUUCAGUGGAGAGACAGCAAAGGCACUCUUCAUUCAUCAAAAGUCUUCUGCUUGGUUUGCUCCUCUGAUGCUGUGGCGAGGCCACUUCUCCGGAAUUGCAAACAAUUCAAUGGAGAAUAUGGCUGUGACUGGUGUUUACACCCUGGCACAGUGGUAACAAAAGGCUGUGGAUCUGUGAGGUCAUACCGAUAUGAUGAAACUAAACAAGCAUCAAGAUCAAAGAAUAUGUUUGUUGAAAAUGCAAGAGAGGCUGAAAGCUCCCAUGAAAACACCUCAGAGUAUGGAGUAAAAGGAAUGUCCUUACUUUCCAGACUUCCUUUGUUUGACAUUGUGUUUGGAUUUGUACCCGAAUAUAUGCACUCAGUUUUAGUUGGUGUGACUAAGCAACUCUUUGGAUUGUGGCUGAACUCAGAGAACUCAAUGAAAGACUGGUAUGUAGGUCAACAGAUUUCACAAAUGGACUCUUAUCUCCAAAUGUUAAAAGCCUCCAUCAGAAAUGAGCAGAUCUCCACAGUCACUGAAGGGUCGGGACACUUGGAAAGCAUCCGAGUGGCGAGCUUUCCUUUUAUUUUUAUGCUGUUAGUGUCCUACCAGGCUUUCUCCAGCCUCCAUUUCUCCAACAUUUUUUUUGUUUGUCGGUCAGCAUUCACAUUCUGCUACAAGAAUCAGUCUCCCAAAAUGACCUUCAGCUGGCCCAUGAGAACUUGGUACUCUUUGUUAGAAACAUGGAAGAACUCUAUGGUGAAGAAAACGUGUCAUUCAACUGCCAUCAGUUGAUCCACUUAGCUGACUGUGUGCGUAACUGGGGGCCUCUCUGGGCAACAUCAGCAUUCAGUUUUGAGAAGAACAGUGCAAAUUUAAGGGCACUGCUUAGCAACAUAAACUACAAUCCUAAAAAAAUUCAGGACAAGUUUCUCUAUUGGCAGUGCCUGCCGAGUCACCUUCGCUCCCUUGUUUCUGACGGAAAUUCUCCAUUAGCCAGAAUUUCACCAGUAAAUGACACCACUGAUUGUUACAAUCUGCUUGGAAAUUCACGGCAUCUGGAUAUGACAGUAGCCAUGAAACUAGCAAUAGAAGAGCUGUUAAAACGACCUGUUUCAUUCAGAUCAGUGGAAGCCUUUGACAGCUUCAUCAACAGAAAUACUGUUUACUCUGUAAACCAUGAAGAGACAGACAGAACAGACUGUGUCAUAAAACUCAAGAAUGGCUGCUAUGGAGAAAUACAGUUCAUCGUCAGGUUUAAAGAGAACUGUGUUUGCACAUCCAACUGUGUGUGCUCGACUAUUUCAGUCAUUGUGGUCCAGCUGUUUUAUAUCAAACGUGAUGCAGAGGACAGCAGGAUGAUUCCUGACAGUGCAUCAAGGACCAUCUUUGUGGAAGUGGAAAGGACAACUCAGCUCAAAGCCUUCUUCUUGAAGGAUGUUAGGUGUAAAUGCAUGUAUGUGGAUGGUUGGCUGGUGCCUUUACCAAACUCAUAUGAAAGAUAUUAAAGUUCCAGCACAGCUAAGGUGUUUUCUCUGUCUUGUAUAUCAUGGCACAUGGCUGUUUUUACUACAGGAAACUAAAAACUUUUAUUUAUGUUUAUGACAGUGGUAAAGAUGGAAAAAACAAUGUCUUGGCCAAUCUUGGAAAAACUGAACGAUAAUGAAGUUUUUUCAAAGCAGUUUGGAGUCAUUUUGUUCAUAUAUACUGCUUACGUUUUCUUUUGGUGUGACUGUGUGGACAUAAUGUAGUCAGUGCAAUGUAGGAUUAUAUCACUCAUUACUAUAUGUGUAUUAUCUUUAUAUUGGAGGAAAUUAUGGAGUGAUUUGUAAACAGCCAAAAGCUUGCCUUUCCCAACUUUGUAUUCACUACAUAUUUAUCAUCAAUGUUAGUUUACCUCUAAUCAAAAUGAAAUGCAUAUUAUUGUGACACAUAAACAUUUUGUGAAUUAACGCUAAAAAUCCAGGGUGAGUGGAUGAAUGUGGUUUACUGCAUCCUGAUACAGCUUGUUAUUACUGAGAUAACAGAUCAUAAAGCUUCAUAUUACCUCAUUUUAUUGUCUAAUGGCUGAUGAGACUUAUUCUGUUUAAUGUUGCAAUUUGUGCAAGUCUGUUGAAUAUAAUACAGAUUGAUUUGCUCAAGAAUGUUUGUAUCCUGCUACAUAAAAAUGAUUACAAUUAAAGUCUUAUUACUUUAAAUAUGCCUGAAAAA